CAUCCUGGCUUACACGUUAGCACUGAAUUUUCUGCGCUUAGUCUUGUCUUUGUUAACAUCCUGACUGCCAGAUUUACUAAAUGGUUUAAGGCAGGGAAUAUACAAGGAAGUGCUGGAUUCUCUUUUCAGGACGAGUUUUUUUUAUCCUGAUGGUUUGUUGAGGAUUUCUGGUUUAACCAUGGAACAAAGAGGACACAAGGCACGACGGACGCAAGCACAUUUUCUCUACUGCUUGGUUGCUGUCUUUUUGUGGAGCGUGGCCGCAGCGGAAAUACGAUAUUCAGUCUCUGAAGAAGUUAACGAAGGAACUGUGGUUGGAAAUAUAGCAAAAGACCUGGGAUUGGAUAAGAGCUCAUUGAAAGACAGGAAGUAUCGGAUUGUUUCUAUUAAUACAGAUCCUCUUUUCCACGUGAAUCAAAACGAUGGUAUUUUGUAUGUGAGCCGAAAGAUUGACAGAGAAGAGGUGUGCGCACAGAGCAGUACGUGUUUGAUUAAUCUUAAAACAGUGUUAGAAAACCCACUGGAGGUUCAUUAUGUUGAGUUGGAGGUGCUGGAUAUAAAUGACAAUUCUCCCACUUUUCCAGAGGAAGAGAAAAGGUUGGAGAUUUCAGAGUCCGUGUUGCCCGGAGCAAAAUUUCAGCUAAAACCCGCACGUGAUCCAGACAGUGGUCAUUUUUCUGUACAGCAAUACAAACUGAGCAACAAUGAUCACUUUCGAUUGGAAGUUAGAGAUAAAGGAGAAGAUGGUAAAAUACCUAUUUUGGUAUUGCAAAAAUCUUUGGACAGGGAAGUAGCUGGAAGUCACUCGUUGGUGCUGACGGCACUGGAUGGGGGGAAACCUCCGAAAUCAGGCGAGAUGACUAUCCUGGUAAAAAUUUUGGAUGUUAAUGAUAACACACCAAUUUUUUCAAGGGAUGUUUACUCUGUUACGCUCUCAGAAAAUGCUCAAAUAGGAACGACCAUCAUACGAGUGAAUGCAACUGAUUUAGAUGAAGGUCAGAAUGGGGAAGUGUUUUAUACAUUUGGCAACAGUGUGAGUAAUAACUUAUUCAAGCUUUUUGAAAUCAAUUCAUCAACAGGCGAAAUAACUGUCAAAGGGUUAAUAGACUUUGAGCAAAAGGACAAAUACGAAAUAGAAAUCCAAGCAUCAGAUAAAGGUAUCGCCCCUCUAACUACGGAGAAAAGUGUCAUAAUUAAGAUAGUUGACGUGAAUGAUAAUGCACCUGAGAUUGAAGUGACGUCAUAUUCAAGCUCAAUCCCUGAAGAUUCCAGACCAGGAACUACAGUUGCUCUUAUCAGUGUUAAUGACCUGGACUCUGGUCUUAAUGGAAAAGUGAUUUGUUCCAUAAGUGGUGAUGUUCCGUUCACUUUAUCACCAUCACUGAAAGAUAAAAUGUAUUCAUUAGUGACCAAAUCGCCUCUGGACAGAGAGAAACAGUCACAUUUUGACCUGACAAUAACUGCAAAAGACGCUGGUCAACCUCCAUUAUCGUCUGAAAAGACAAUAAGCGUCGUGGUGUCAGAUGUGAAUGACAACAGUCCUGAGUUUUCACUCAGUCCUUAUACUUUCUAUGUGGCUGAAGCUAAUGAACCAGGUACCUCUGUGUUUUCUGUUAAAGCUUUUGAUCGGGAUGAGGACGACAAUGCACUGAUUACAUAUCAUAUUCUCAGAGAUGGAAGUGAAGGAAAUAAAUUGUCUUCAUUUUUAAACAUCAAUAGUGAAAAUGGAGUCAUCACUGCACUGAAAAGUUUCGACUUUGAAACAGUGAAAACGUUCCAGUUCCAAGUUGUGGCCACAGAUUCUGGAACUCCGUCACUAAGCAGCAACGUCACAGUGAACGUGUUCAUUCUGGAUCAGAACGACAACGCUCCAGUCAUCCUGUAUCCAGUCAGCUCCAACGGUUCUGCUGAAGGUGUGGAGGAGAUUCCCCGCAAUGUGAACGCAGCACACUUGGUGACUAAAGUCAGAGCCUAUGACGCUGAUAUAGGAUAUAACGGCUGGUUACUGUUUUCACUGCAGGAAGUGACUGAGCACAGUCUCUUUGCUUUGGACCGCUAUACAGGACAGAUCAGAACACUUCGCUCAUUCACAGAGACAGACGAGGCUGAGCAGAAACUGGUCAUACUGGUCAAAGACAAUGGCAACGUUUCCCUCUCUGCAACAGCUACUGUCAUUGUCAAAGUUGUGGAGCCCAAAGAGGCUUUUGCUGCUUCUGAUGUUAAAAGUGCAACAAACGAUGAUGAGGAGAGUAAUGUCACUUUUUAUCUCAUGAUAACUUUGGCCUCAGUUUCAGCACUUUUUCUCAUCAGCAUCAUCGUGCUCAUUGCAAUGCAGUGCUCCAAAUCCACAGACUACACUUCCAAAUAUCUACAAGAGACUAAUUAUGACGGGACACUGUGUCACAGCAUCCAGUACAGAUCUGGAGAGAAACGCUACAUGUUAGUGGGACCCAGAAUGAGUAUAGGAUCUACUAUAGUCCCGGGCAGCCAUGCCAACACACUAGUGCUCCCUGACAGGAGGAGGACUUCUACUGAGCAACGAGCCAGCUGGUUUUCCUGCUCUUGA